AUGGACCUGCAGGAGACUGCUGAGGCUGCUACGAAGACUAAAGAGUUUCACGAAAAACUCAAGGUCGAAGGGGAAAAUAUUAUUUUUCAAACACUUCCCGAACGAAUGGUACAUUUAUAUGAGUUGAUCAACAUGCCCGAGCAUCGUAUUACGGCAAAUUAUUUAGAAUACAAAUUUGAAGUCCUCAGCUGCAGCACGAUGGAUGAAAAUAUACAAAACAAUAAUAUUUGUGCCGAGGAGGAAAUCCCAUCACGUGACACGAUUCCGGCGCCUCAAACGAUCGUGCCGUCCAACAAAAAUGUAACCGAAAUCUUUGAAAUCUUUAAGCCCAGAUUCUUGCAAUUAGUCAAAGACAACCGUGCGAUAAAAAUUUGGCUAACGUUAUCGGUACCGAAAAUUGAAGACGGCGACAAUUUCGGAGUAUCCGUACAGAAAAACGUACUUUCGAUGUUACAAGAGGUCGAGGAAGCGACAGUGUCUUAUUUCAGAAAAGUGACUAACUAUUACGACAAACGUGGAAAACUUGUCGCCAAGGUGGUGAAAUAUCCGUUUAUAGAAGACUAUCGGGUCGCUGUCGAAGAAUUGGACGAAAAACAAUACACAGAAAUAACCUUAUGCAUUCACGACAUUUAUUUUUGCUAUACACUGUUGUACGAUGUUAUCGUCAAGAACUUUGAAAAAAUCAAAAAUCCACGGCCGUCGAUCGGUGACAGUAUGACGUUUUAG